AUGUGGUCUUCUUUAUGGUUAUGCAUUCUAUCCGCACUAGCCUGUGAAGUGCAAGGUGGUGACGUGACGGGGCGUGAGGCGCCGGGAACUCAUGCUACUACGCCGGCACCUAAGCCGACAGUCAACAGAACUACAGUGAAAAAUGCGGCUGACUUUUUACCGUUUGAACUCAAUGGAGAUGUAAAUCUCAUGGCUGAUUUGGCGCUGGAGUAA